CCCCCUGAAUUCAGAAAAGAAAGUAGACAAUGGCUUCUGCUGCAGUAACUGCUGCAGUGUCCUUCCCAUCCUCCAAGUCCUCAUCCCUUGCCCUGCCUACAAGUAGAACCUCCAUCUCCACUACUGAGAGGCUCAGUCUCCACAAGACAUGCUUGCACCCAAGAAGUGUGUCCACAGCUGGGAAGCUGGUCUCAAUAAGAGCCCAGGUGACAACAGAGACGCCUGCCAAGGUACAGAAGAUCUCCAAGAAGAACGACGAGGGUGUCGUCGUCAACAAGUAUAAGCCGAAGGAGCCAUACAUUGGGAGGUGCCUCCUUAACACCAAAAUCACCGGCGAUGACGCACCUGGAGAAACGUGGCACAUGGUCUUCAGCACCGAGGGUGACGUUCCAUACAGAGAGGGACAGUCCAUUGGUGUGAUCCCUGAUGGAAUUGAUAAGAAUGGAAAACCACACAAGCUCAGGUUGUACUCAAUCGCCAGCAGCGCUCUUGGAGAUUUUGGUGACUCCAAGACAGUUUCUCUGUGUGUAAAGCGGCUUGUUUAUACUAAUGAGCAAGGGGAAAUAGUGAAAGGAGUCUGCUCAAAUUUCUUAUGUGACAUGAAACCUGGUGCCGAAGUUAAGAUUACAGGGCCAGUAGGGAAAGAAAUGCUUAUGCCUAAGGAUCCCAAUGCAACUAUCAUAAUGCUUGCCACAGGAACUGGGAUUGCACCUUUCCGCUCCUUCUUGUGGAAAAUGUUCUUUGAGAAGCAUGAUGACUACAAGUUCAACGGACUUGCAUGGCUCUUCUUGGGAGUUCCUACAAGCAGCUCCUUGCUCUAUAAGGAGGAAUUCGAGAAGAUGAAAGAGAAGGCACCAAAUAAUUUCAGGGUCGACUUUGCUGUAAGCAGAGAGCAAACAAAUGAAAAGGGAGAAAAGAUGUACAUACAGACUCGUAUGGCGCAGUAUGCUGAGGAACUGUGGGAUCUACUCAAGAAGGACGAUACCUAUGUAUAUAUGUGUGGACUAAAAGGAAUGGAGAAGGGUAUUGAUGACAUCAUGGUAUCUUUGGCUGCUAAGGAUGGUAUUGACUGGGUGGAUUACAGAAAGAACCUGAAGAAGUCAGAGCAGUGGAAUGUGGAAGUGUAUUAGCUUGCAUUUUUGCGCAUGUUGUGUAAGGAGCUCAUCCUUCUAUAAUAUACUCUUUACUCUCGUUCUAUGUGGAUAAGUAAUGUUCUCUUUUGUGUUUUAUUUUAGUUUCUUGUAAGGCAACUGUAUUAUUCUGGCCUUGUAAAUUUGAUUCAAGAGGGAUUUUAAACAUUGUAAUUCUAGCCAAUUUGGAUACCUUGUAAUGAACCUCAGCGAUAAUUAUAGUUUUUAUACUAUUUUCCUGCACAGAGCAGUAUAA